AAGCGGAAAUGUGCGUCCUCUGCUGGCCUCCCCGUUUGGUCGCAGUCCUGCUCGGGCUUGGAGUGGCGGUGUGUCUGUCGGUCUCUUUCCUGGUCCGGCUCUCCUGUCUCGGGGUCUACGGGCGCUGGUCCAGGUGAACUGCGCAGUGCUGGCCUCGCCGCCCUCCCUGGGCUGCUCUAGAGCCGCGCGACUUCCUGUGGCCGUGCUGUGCCCGGGGCCUCCCCCCGCAGCCGCCUCUUUUCUGCCACGGCCGCCGCCGUUCCCCCGGCCCGCCCCGUCUUUCCUGCAGUCUCCGCCUCCGCCGCCGCUUUCCUGCGCCCACCGCCUGGUCAAAAACCCUGCCACCUUGCCCGCGCCCUCCUGGACCGCAGCUGUUUUCUGCACGGCCUGGGCUGUACUUUUCUCUCGGUGCGUUAACAGGUCGCAGGUGUGACACAGAACUAGACCAGUUUAGGCAGUUGGGUACCUACAACGACCAUCUUCUAUAUCCUUGCUAUCACAAGUAAGGGUAUCUACUGCUCUGACUGGCUGCUUCCACUCCCACCGCUCUUACCUACGUGGCUUCUUGGGCUCACAGAGAACAUUUACUUAACUUCCAGAAGUUGUGCCAGGAAAUGGACUCAGUGGUGUUUGAGGAUGUGGCUGUGGAAUUUACCCAGGAAGAGUGGGCUUUGUUGGAUUUUUCUCAGAGAAAACUCUACAGAGAUGUGAUGAUGGAAACCUUCAGUAACCUGGACUCAGUUUUUAAACAGGAUAAUAAUGAACAAGCAUUGUCCAUGAAGAGUGACUCCUGGUUAUCCACGUUAGGAGAAAUCUGUGAAUACUAUGGCCGUGAACAUCAGUACAACAACCAGGGGAGGCACAUGAGAAUGUCUACAGUAGAGAGCCUCUACGAAAGUAAAGAUGGUAAAGUAAAUACAGGUGAAGAAGGUAAUCAGUGUGGAAAAAAUUUCAGCUGGAUUGGAAAUCUUACUAGUCUCAAAAGGAUGUCUCCUGGAGUAAAUCCUUUUCAGUGCUUUGAAUGUGGAAAAACCUUCAUCAGUCAUUUAUCAUUUAAGUAUCACAUCAGAUCUCACACUGGAUACAAACCUUAUUGUAAGGAAUGUGGAGAAGACUGCAGUUGUCCUUCUUACCUGAAACCUCGUGUGAGAGAGAAACUUUGUAAAUGUAAGGAUUAUGGGAAACCUUGUAAUUGUUUCUUACCUCUCACUAAGCGUAUAAGAGUUCACAUUGGAGAGAGGCCUUAUGGGUGUAAGGAGUGUGGGAAAGCCUUCAGUUAUCUCUCAAGCCUCACUAGACACAUAAGAACUCACAGUGGAGAGAGGCUUUUUGAAUGUAAGAAAUGUGAGAAAACCUUCAGUUGUUCCUCAUCCCUUGCUGUGCAUAUAAGAACUCACAGUGUGGAGAGGCCCUAUGAAUGUAAAGAAUGUGGAAAAACCUUCCGUUAUUUCUCAGAUCUCACUAAACAUAUAAAAACACACAGUGGAGAGAGGCCUUAUGAAUGUAAAGAAUGUGGGAAAGCCUUUAUUUAUCUCUCAAGCCUCACUAGACAUAUAAGAACUCACAGUGGAGAGAGGCUAUUUGAAUGUAAGGAAUGUGGGAAAGCCUUUAGUCGUUCCUCGUCCCUGGCUAAACAUAUAAAAACUCACAGUGAAGAGAAGCCUUAUGAAUGUAAGGAAUGUGGGAAAGCCUUUCGUUAUUUCUCAGAUCUCACUAGACAUGUAAGAACUCAUAGUGGAGAGAGGCCUUAUGAAUGUAAGGAAUGUGGGAAAGCCUUUAUUUGUUCCUCAUCUCUCACUAUACAUGUAAGAUCUCACAGUGGAGAGAGGCCUUACGAAUGUCAGGAAUGUGGGAAAGCCUUUACUCGGUCGUCACACCUCACUACCCAUAUAAGAACACACAGUGAAGAGAGGCCUUAUGAAUGUAAAGAAUGUGGAAAAGCUUUUAAGCAUUUUGCAGAACUCACUAGACAUGUUAGAGUUCACAGUGAAGAAAAUCCUUAUGAAUGUAAGGAAUGUGGGAAAGCCUUUAGUUGUUCCUCAUCUCUCACUAUACAUAUAAGAUCUCACAGUGGAGAGAGGCCUUAUGAAUGUGAGGAAUGUGGGAAAGCCUUUACGCGGUCCUCACACCUCACUACCCAUAUAAGAACACACAGUGAAGAGAGACCUUAUGAAUGUAAAGAAUGUGGAAAAGCCUUUAAGCAUUUUUCUGAACUCACUAAACAUGUAAGAGUUCACAGUGGAGAGAAGCCUUAUGAAUGUAAGGAAUGUGGGAAAGCCUUUAGUCAGUUUUCACGACUCACUAGACAUGUUAGAGUUCACAGUGGAGAGAAGCCUUUUGAAUGUAAGGAAUGUGGAAAAUCCUUUAGUCAGUUUUCAUACCUCACUGGCCAUAUAAGAGCUCACAAUGGAUACAGGCCUUAUCAAUGUAAAGAAUGUGGGAAAGCCUUCAUUCGGUCCUCACACCUAACUGAACAUAUAAGAACGCACAGUGGAGAAAGGCCAUAUAAAUGUAAAGAAUGUGGGAAAGCCUUUUUUCAGUCCUCACACCUCACUAACCACGUAAGAUCUCACACUGGAGAGAAGCCUUAUGAAUGUAAGGAAUGUGUGAAAGCCUUUAGUUGUUUCUCAUCUUUCCGUAAACAUGUUAGAACCUUCCAUGGAGUUAGGCCUUAUGAUAGGAAUGUGAGAAAGUCUUUAGUCAGUUCUCACACGUCACUGACCAUAUAAUAGAAUGGAGAGAAACGGCAGUGCAGUGAAUUGGUAUCAAAUGGGCCUCCUAGCUGUGGUCUUCUAACUCCCACACAAUGAUUGGGAGGGACUAUGCAAAUAGGUGCAUGGAACCCUUGUAGGGGAUUGGUCAGUUUUGCUAUCUUACUAGGUUUAAAAAAAAAGCCAAUCCCAGAGAGGAAUGGAGGACACCACUACCAUCAGGAAGACUGGACCAAGGUCCCUGCGCUUAGACACUCCUUAACCCAGGAGACAGAGCUUAAUGCUAUAAGAGGAGCAACACAAACAGAAGUGGUUGCAAGCAUAGCUGAGGGAUGGGUGGCAAUAGAACCAGGAGACCAGUGCAAGAUCGUGCAGUGUGCUUCCCAGCCCACAGAGCAAGGGAGGUACAGUGGGCUUACCCACAGAGUAAGAGAGCUGAAUCCCUUUGGACAAGAGGCUUCCUGGCAGAGUAGAUUUCCUCCAGGCACUUACCAGCAUGGGUAAGAAGCUGUAACACUUGCCUGAACAGGGCAGAGGCUGGCAGUAGAGGCCAGGUCCGAACAAGGCUCACCAACAGCAAGGACCUGACCAGGGCCCAGUGGCAGAGGGUAAGAAACUGUCCUGAUUGAAGAACUGUAUCUUGACUUGUUUCUGUUACUUCCAUAUUGAUUGUGAUCGUAAAUUGUAACUUGUUAAUCUAAUAAACCUCAUUAAUUGUGAA